AAUCUCAGCAACAAACAGGCAGGCGGGCGAAACAAACAAACAAGGCGAAUAAGCUAUGAAGUUUCCCCUCCUUCUCCUUUUAUCAUUUCUGUCCCUCGCCCUCUCCCAUGCAGGGAAGGAGUAUACCGAGGAGGACAUCUCAAACCUUCGUCAAAAAUGGGCUUCUGAACACCCUUUCGGCGGAAUCUCCACCUUUGCCCACCUUCCACACGUUCACUGCCUCACCAGCCCGCACGAGGGGUUCGACAUUGCGAUUCUUGGUGCCCCCUUCGAUACGGCUGUAACUUAUCGACCCGGAGCACGCUUCGGCCCACGAGCCAUACGCGCUGCGAGCGCAAGACAGUCGGAGAGUAGGGGAUUUAAUGUUCGUGCGGGUAUAAAUCCGUACUUGUCGGACGUGAAGUUACUUGAUUGCGGGGACAGUGUGUUUCCCCGACGGGGGAGUGAGGGUGAGGAGGAGGAGGCUAAUUAUUGGGGAGCGGGUAGUUCCGAUAUCACCAUUCGAUAACGAGCUUGCACUGCGACAGAUGACCGAAGCGUAUAAAGAGUUGAUGUCCCGGUCCACUCCCUCUGGCCGGCGGCCAAUAAUCGUCACGCUGGGUGGGGACCACUCGAUUGCGUUGGCGGCAUUGCGUGGGGUGAAUAGCGUUUAUGGACCUGUUUCUGUGGUUCACUUUGACGCUCGUAUGUUCCCGUCUCUGCUCGCUCGCUGCGGGGUACGGUGUCGUGGCUAAUGAUUAGACAUCGACACCUGGCAUCCAACAAAAUAUACCUCCUCCUGGCCAACUCUACAAUCCACAUUCACCCACGGCAGCAUGUUCUACCUGGCCUACAAUGAGUCUCUCCUCCUUCCCACAUCCAAUAUCCACGCGGGCCUACGCUCCCGCCUUUCCGGCGCGGAUAUGAGCGACUACGCUGAUGACGAUGCCCAAGGGUGGGCGAGAAUCUCCACCGAUGACAUAGACGACAUAGGCGUUGCCGGAAUAGUCAAGAGGAUUUUGGAGCACGUUGGCAACAACAAAGUGUACCUUUCCAUCGACAUUGACGUUCUGGACCCCGGGACAGCGCCGGGCACUGGAACGCCCGAGGCUGGAGGGUGGACAACAAGAGAGCUGAUUAGGAUAAUCCGGGGGAUUGAGGGGCUGGACGUGGUGGGCGUGGAUGUGGUUGAGGUUGCGCCGGCCUACGAUUGGGCGGAGAGUACGGCGUUGGCGGCGUCGCAGGUGGUUUUCGAGGUUCUGAGUAGCUUGGCCAAGAAAGCUGGGGCUGCUCUCAGAGUGGAGGCAGAGGCGAGGGAUGAACUGUGAGGGAAUGUUGGGUUCCUGCGUGGUGCCCGUGUCAUGUAUGGGAGAGGGCGCUAAAGUCUUGGUUGACGGAGCCUAUGCUCCUGGAGGGGGCGUUUGAUGUCCCGAUGAUAAAAUGGGGCUGCGAGGAAUUCUGGUGGGGGGGAGAGCAGCUUUUGCCACUGCAUGAUGUAUGUGUUGUGGUAUAAUACUAUUCCCUCCAACCGCC